CCGGUUCCUGGAGUCCUUGUGGGGUUUGCACUGUUGAAAGUUCCAAGAGAGAAAGUGACAGGUCCAGGGUGACAAGAUAAUAUUGCCCUUGGCCCCAAGUAAGGGAAGACCUGGACACCCCUUCCAAUAAACAGAAAGACUCUACGGAAAAGGAUUGUUGAUUUGUGAGGGAUUCUGAAGAGGAGAGGAUGAGGCUGAAGGAAAUCCGUCUCACACAGCAUACCCCUGCGUGUCUGCCCCCACACACACCUAGUUCUCCAUCACCCCCAGUAACAGCCUCCCUACUACGGAGUCUGGCUGCAGCCCUGGUGUCCUGUCUUCAUCCCUCUUCUCCCUCCCAGCACCUAACUGCUGUCACUUUUCCUGCUCUGCCAAGGAGGAGGGAACUGCAGUGACUGCGGGAGAAUGGAGAGGCCAGGCAGAGCAGUGGGACACAGACAGGUAUGGGGAGGGAGGGGCCCAGGCCAGGUGACGGAGACAGCCACAGAGGGGACAGCCGGGCAAGGAAAGGCUAGCAGAAACCUGAGACAGAGGAGCAGGAACCAAAGCAAAAGGGAGUGGAAGACUUGUGGGCCAUGUUGGGACCAAAGCAACUCUGGAUUCCCGGCCCCCUACACAGCCCUGGGCUGCCCUUGGCCCUGAUGCUUAUGAUCCUGUGUGCUAGUUGGGCCCAAGAAGGAUCAGAGCCUGUCCUGCUGGAGGGCGAGUGCCUGGUGGUCUGUGAGCCAGGCCGAGCAGCUGCAGGGGGCCCUGGCGGAGCAGCCCUGGGAGAGGCACCCCCAGGACGAGUGGCAUUUGCAGCAGUUCGAAGCCAUCACCAUGAGCCAUCAGGAGAGACAGGCAACGGUACCAGUGGGGCCAUCUACUUCGACCAGGUGCUGGUGAAUGAGGGCGGUGGCUUUGACCGGACCUCGGGAUGCUUCGUGGCCCCUGUCCGGGGAGUCUACAGCUUCCGGUUCCAUGUGGUGAAGGUGUACAACCGCCAAACUGUCCAGGUGAGCCUGAUGUUGAACACAUGGCCCGUCGUCUCAGCCUUUGCCAACGACCCUGAUGUGACCCGGGAGGCAGCCACAAGCUCCGUGCUGCUUCCCCUGGACCCUGGGGACCGCGUGUCCCUGCGCCUGCGCCGGGGGAAUCUUCUGGGUGGCUGGAAAUACUCAAGCUUCUCUGGCUUUCUCAUCUUCCCACUCUGAAGACCCAUGCUUUUGAAAGAAAGAAAUCUAGCACCUGGCCCCUGUCUCCUUCCCUCCUCUGCCCCAGACGCAGCAUCAUUGGGGCAAGCGGGGCUCCCCUCCAGCUGCUUACAGCCCACCUCUUUGCAUGAGACCCUGCACCAAGAACCCAAAGCUAAGAGUAGAGAAGAGCAGAGCUAUGUCAUCUCUAGACAGGGCAGUCCUCACCACCCUGACACAGUUGCCCUCCCGGCCUCCCGCUGCCCCUUGAGCCUGCAGCCCUGGCUUAGGGCAGACUUGGCAAGAGCAAAGCUUGCACUAGUUCACAGACUUCACUCCUUCUGUUCCCACCGCAGCUUCCUGCUCAGUGCUGUUUGGUGACAGGUGGCACAGGUAAGCCUGACAGGCUCUCACAGGGGCCCAGAUGGACCAGCCUUGGCGCACCCUGCAGGCUCCUUCCUGUGAGGAAUGCCAGCAUCAGGGCUCUCAGUGAGCACCGUAUGGACAAGGACUGACUGUUCAGCCACACACAGAAGCUUGGGAAGGGUCAUAGAGCAAUCCCAGAGCCUGUGAUGAGAAAGGCAGUUCAGGGACAUGUGUCUUGUCUGAACAUGAUAAACAUUCUGCAGAUGUACUAGAACAGUCAGCAGGCAAGGAUCCUGCCAUCCAUCUGUGCCAGGUCCCAAUGGACUCUGGCCCUCAUUUCCCCAUGGGAGACUUAGGUGUGUGUGUUUGCUCUGACCAAUGGGGGGGUGGGGUGAGAGCAGAUAUACAGAGCUGGAGGUAAGGGUGGAAGGUCACACAUGGGCCAUGGAACACAUCAGUGACCAUGCGUCCUCCUGCUUGGCCACCUCCUAAAACUGCCUGAACUUUGAACGCUGAGCUUCGGUCACUCCCCACUCCUGACUGCCACCUCUUUCCUCUAGCUCUCACUUAGUUAACCAGGCUGUACCCACUGCAGCCUGACCCACCAUCUCCCUUCCACCCAAUCCAUACUUAUUGUCUUUAAGCAUCCUUCCUCCUUGGGGUCCCUGAUUCAUCCCUCCAACCACUCUCCUUUCAGCAUCAGAAACUCUCUCUUACCCCAUUGUCCCAGUGGCCCAGCAUGGAUGACUGUCAAGAGUUACUAGAGAACCGUGAUUGGUGAGACACUGGAAGUUCACUGUAGGGAAGUCGCAGUUUGGAACAGGGGUUACAGGCUUCAAGCACAUGUGGCAUGUUGAAGAGAAAAUGAAUGCAAACCUGAGUAUUAGAAUCAAAUAAAAAAGAAUAUAGUGAUACUCAAGUUAAACAAAUACCAGUGUGAGUUUGUGGUUUAAAAAUGAAACAAGAAGCCAGGCAUGUUAGCGCACACCUUUAAUGCCAGCACUCAGAAAGCAGAGGCGGGUAGAUCUCUGUGAGCUCGAGGCCAGCCUGGUCUAUGUAGUACAUUCUAGCCCAACCAGGGCUCCAUAGUAAGACCCUGUCUCACAAAAAAGAAGCAGGAAGGUAAAGGUGGAGGCUGGAG